AUGUCCUUCCUGCCCCCGGCCACGCCCAUGGGCCCGCCGACGCAGACGCCGCGCAAGCAGCCCCUCGCAACACCCAGCGGCACCGGGCCCUCGGCACUCUCAGUGGGGCCCACGCCGCUAAAGACGCCCCACCGCACCCCCGGCGGCUCCAAGAUCGACCAGACGUCGUCCACGCCCAUCAUCGACAUCAGCGCCAUCGAAUGCCAGAAGGAAAACGUGCAGCCCCUCACACGGGGCAGGUCCGCCCACGCCCUUAGCAACACCCUCACCAUGCAGCACAAGCAGCGCCACGCCGCCCUCGCCGCACAGAGGGCCGAGUUUGAGCAGAUCGUCGCAUCGACCGACAACCAGGACUCGGACGACCCCCUCGAGGCCUGGACCCGCUACGUAAAGUGGUGCAUCGACAACUACCCCUCCGGCCAGACCCACGAGAGCGGCCUCGUACCCCUCCUCGAGCGCGCGACGCGCACCUUUAGGGACUCGGAGCAGUACACAAACGACAGCCGCUACCUCCGCCUGUGGAUCCUCUACGCCCGCAACGUCGAGUGCGCCAGGGACAUCUACAACUUCCUCCUCGCAAACGAGAUCGGCACAAAGCUCGCCAGCCUCUACGAGGAGCUCGCCGUCGUCAACGAGGGCCAGAACAUGUUCGACGAGGCGGACAAGACUUACAAGCUGGGCAUCGCCCGCCGCGCCACUCCCACCGAGCGGCUCAAGAGGCGCUACGCCGAGUACCAGCAGCGCAUCCUGCUGCACCCGCAAGCCGCCACGGGCGCAUCGGGCCACGCGCCGCAAAACUACUCGGAAGCGCUGCGGGCGGCCAUGACGAGCUGCGGCCGGAGCGUCCUCGGCCACAAGGACGGCGUUGCCGUCGGCCCGGCCAAGAGCAACUCUGCCAACGUCCUGCGCGGCGCCGGCGCCAAGAUUGCCGCCAUCGGCUCCAGCGGCAGCGCUCCCCUCGUCAACAACGGGCGCAAGCUCGCCGUGUUCCAGGACGACGACGACGAGCGGGGCGGCGCCAGGCCUAGCGGCCCCUCGUCUGGCGGCUGGGACGACAUCGGCACCGCUUCCACCCGCUCGCAAGAGAACCUGCAGCCGGACCGGCUCGGUUCCAAGGGCCUCAAGAUCGGCGCGGCUGGAGGCCUGCCCAAGAAGCCGAGCAGCGGCCUGGCCGUCUUCAGAGACUCGGAGGACGAGGACGACGAAGACGCCGGACCAGCGGGGACGGCACCCGCCGACAGGAUCCUGAACCCAAAAGACCUCUUCGCCAAGUCUGAGUCUGCGCGAGCUCCCACGGAGACCGACUUGUUGCGAAGAAACCCCCUUAUGCACUGGGAGCCCAACACCAAGCUCGUGCCCGACGCCGCCGACCUGAACCCAGGCGAUGUGCGGAGGCCGUCGCCGUCGUCGUCGUCGUCCAGAGACGCCGCGCAGAACGGCGCCAGCAAGGAGUCGCGCCGCGACAGGUCGGCUGCGAGCAGCUCGACCUCUGGCGAACGAGCGCGAAAGGGCAGCAAGUCGUCAAGCUCUCGCUCGGCCGCGGCCGCUUCGGCGACGAGCUCGUCGAGCUCCAAGCAGGAACGGCACGCGUGUCCCUUGAUGCUCUUGUACCCAGGGAUCGCCUCGCUCGACGAUGCCGCCAAGAGCAAGAGCGGCAGUCACGGCUCAUCGGCCGAGGUGUGCCUGGAAGAGCUGAUCGCCGCUCAGCGCGGCCUCUCUUCAGCCAUCACGGCUGACGACGACCCUUGGCUUUACCUCGACGAGUCAGAGGGUCAGUGGCUGCCGCACGCUGCAUCGGCUGACGCGCCACUCCCUGAAGAUCAACCUCGGUCCUCUGAGGCCCCUGACCGACCGGCCGACUUCGAGAAGGCCCCGGUCGAGGAUGCAGCCGAGGGGGAGGCAGCCCGAUCCGAGCCUGCAGCCAACGAGAAUCCUUCGCCUUCUCCUUCGCCUUCGCCUUCGCCUUCGCCCUCGCCCUCGACGGCGGCCGAGGUCGAGGCCAAGCCCGCAGGGCAGGCACAAGCACCCGUCCACGCACACGCCUCCGAGCCCACCAGCACGAUGCCGUCGCGGGACGUCUUUGACCCCGACAACAGCUUCAACAAUGCCGUCGCCCUCAACCUCCGGCCCAAGAAGAAGAAGAAUGGCAAGGACGCCACGAUGCGUCACCGGAUGAGCCCUACCCUCGUCACCAAGGCCACCAUGCUCGAGGUGGAAAACAUGUUCAACGGCGACGACACCGACUCGGACUCGGACGACGACGACAGCGACGAGAGCAGCGAGGAAGAGGACGACGUCGUCGCUCCGCUCCCACCGGCGUCGCUCAAGAAGCCGAGGAUGAUGAUGCUCUCGUCUGCCGACAUCCCGCCGACACCCACGCCGAUCGGCAGGCACCCAUCUGCCACGCCCCCGCAGACCGACGAGAACCAGAGACCACCCCACAGCCGCGAUGAGAAUGCCGGCGUCCGUGCUACCCCCCUGCGGCAGACGGCACUCGGUACGAGGACGCCUCUUGGAACGGCGACGCCGAUGCGGACGCCUCUCGGCAACAGGCCGCUCGGUGCUGGCGCCUCGAAGCCCGUGUAUCGCGACGAUGACGAGGAUGAGGACGAUGGCGAGGAUGAAAACGAAGGCCGGCCUGAAAGGACCGCCGACGAGCCUGAAAGGACCGUCGAUGAACCCGGAAGGGACAUGGACGAGCCCGAGACGAGGCGUCCAUCCCAGCCGUUCGAGACUCCGGCACCGGCAUCGAGGUUUGCAGCUGCACGCCGCACGUUCGAGCCGAUGCAGGAAGAAGACGAAGAGUCGGGCAGUGACCCGGAGCAUGAACCCAUCGACAACGACUCGGCGGCCGCCGGCGACCACUCCGAAGGCGACGACGAGUACCAGCCAAACAUGGAGAACUUCCGAGCGCCGUUCCAGCCCCUCACGCCCAUCACCGAGGCCACGUACGAGAUGACGCGCUAUACGGCCUACAGUCAGAGCACGAGGACGCCUGCCACCGCGAGCCGACCAACCAGCCGCAGCCGCGUGUUCCAAGACGACGAGGACGACGAGGAAGAUGAAGCCGACGAGGAUGAGGCUGUCGCCCACGGCUCGCACACCCGAUCCUCAGACUCGCCGGAACCGCAAGGAGAGCAGCCGGGCGGCGAGACGGCCGAGCCUGCCGAGCUUGCCUCGGAGGUGGGCGAGGAGGCGUUCCUGCAGAGCCGGGCGGACGACACCUCGUGCUCGGCCGCGACCGAUGGGCGCUUGCUCGACCGCUCCCAGCCGGCGUGCUUUGACGACGACGAAGACGGUAGGGCAGCGGCAGAGUCCUCGUUCGGCUCGACCUCCCACGAACACUCGACGCGGACACACGAGGACCGGACCAGCUGGGGGAGAGACGCCCAGUUCGAGCUCACAGAGGGGCUCACGAUCGCUCGCGAGGUCGACGACGAGACGGGCAACCUCCGCAGCUACGAGCAGAUGGGCAAGUCUUUCGUCAUCGAGGACCGGGACCGCUCGCGAAGUGGCGACGUCUCAACGCCGCAGGCAGCGUCGACCGAGGCCGACAGCGACAGCGCUCAACAACGGCAGCCCCGUGGCGCAGCCGAGCACGGCCCGUCCUCGGCCGUGUCGAUUCAGUUCGCCAACCCGUGCUCGCCCGUCGACGCCGACAUCCUCGCAGCGAUCCUCGAUCGCCUUUCUCCGCCCAUCUCGGAGCAUGCUCAGUACGUCGACCUGAGCGGCCAGUCGGCCGACGGGCGCCUGGACUGCCUCCAGAAGCGAUCCAAGACCGAGUUCAGGCGCUCGGUCGGUGGGUCCACCUACGGGAGCCGCGGGUCGGGCAAGGACUGGCUGCUCGACAUCGCCGGCGCCAAGUUCCAGGUGCUGGAAAAGAUCGGAGAGGGCGGCUACGGCGCCGUGUUCCUCGCCGAGGACCUCGAAGACUUUGCGCCCUCCACGCGCAAGCAGCUCCUCGACAUCCAGGGCGCCGACGACCUCGACUCGAGCUUUGCCGCCAACCUGGCCGACCUGUCGCUCUCGGUCGACGAGGAGGAGGCAGAGAGGCGUCGCAUGCUGGCCGUCAAGGCCGAGUCGCCGCCCAACCCGUGGGAGUUCUACGUCCUGGACAAGGUGCGGCACACGGUCGAGGCCCGGAUGCUCUCGUCGAUCGUGGCGGCGCGCAAGUUUGUCGGCUACGCGGACGAGUCGUUCCUGCUGCUCGAGUACGGCGAGAAGGGGACGCUGCUCGAGGUGGUCAACCAGGCGGCCACCGCCGGCGUCGCGACGAUGGGGUCGGCGGGCUCGUCUGCGGGCGGCAUCGAAGAGGUGCUGGCGAUGUUCUUCACCAUCGAGCUGCUCAAGGUCGUCGAGGCGCUGCACCGCCACCAGAUCAUCCACGGCGACCUCAAGAUCGACAACUGCCUGCUCCGCCUCGACGACACGCCCGUGGGCACCACGUGGUCGAACGCCUACACGGCCGACGGCUCGUCGGGCUGGGCGCAGAAGGGCCUGACGCUCAUCGACUUUGGCAGGGCCAUCGACCUGUCCGUCUACCCGUCGGGGCAGACGUUUGUGGCCGACUGGACGCCGGACCCGCGCGACUGCGCCCAGAUGCGCGAGGCGCGCCCCUUUACCUACCAGCCCGACUACCACGGCGUCGCCUCGGUCGCCUUCUGCCUGCUUUUUGGGCGCUACAUUGAGACGACGAGCGUCGAGGGCGACGACGGCGAGAGGCGGUGGAAGAUUACAGCGAGCCUUCGACGAUACUGGCAGGUCGAUAUGUGGACGCGCCUGUUUGACGUGCUCCUCAACCCGCCCAUGGUCGACGGCCAGCCGAUCCUGUCGGAGCUGGCCCAGUGCCGCGACGAGAUGCAGCGCUGGCUCGAGGCCAACUGCAACCGCGGAGGAAAGAACCUCAAGGGCCUCAUCCGCAAGCUCGAGAUCUGGGCCAUGAAGCGGGCCUCGUAA